CCGCGCCCUACCUUACCGGCCGCCGACAUUGUUUAAAAAAAGAUAAAGGUUAGGGUGUAGUGUGUGGCAAAACGCCUCAGGUAAUUCAGGAGUGGCUUUCUGCGGUACUAGUCAAAGAACAUCUCAAUUUGUUAAUCUAAUAGUUGGAAUGUUCUUUAAAUUGUAACCGUACGAAAACCGUUCAACAAUUCAACUUGUUGCAAAAUCGAGUGCGAGUCUCAAAUUGAUCUGGUUAUUGUACAAAAUGGACGAGUUUUUGAAAGAGGAACAAGCCGACCAAAAACCGGACAUCGAUGCCUUAAAAAUAGAAAUUAAUGGACACAGCCCGGAUUUAAGUAACUGUGAAACAACGAAUGAUGAUGUGUCCCCGCUUUGUCCGUUUUCGAACCAAAGUGUCGAAGAUGUGCGUAAGUUCCACAUUUUGGACGAGACUGAGGACUCGGACUCGGAUAAGUCAAUGUCGUAUGACUCGGAUAUUCCUGAUGAGGAGAUCGACAAGAUGCUGGAGGAUGCUUUAGCGAGCAAGAAACGGAAGGCAGCGGACGCUGAUUUAGACGACCAAGAUUCAGAGAAACAACCUUUUGAAGAAAAAGACAAAGUUGUACUUAUAGAAAAGUGCCAGAACCACUUCGACGUCCUUCCAGAGGGAUGGAUCCAAGUUACUCACAACAGCGGAAUGCCUUUAUACUUACACAAAGUAUCAAGAGUGUGUACCUUAUCCAAACCGUACUUUUUAGGACCAGGAUCAGUUAGGAAACACGAAAUCCCCCUAAGCGCCAUCCCCUGCUUGAGCUACCGCCGCGCUCUCGAGGGCGAAAAACAAAAACACAACGAAACCCUGGCCCAAGACCUCCCCAACGCGCGUAUCGAAACCGUCAAAGAAAACAUAGAAAGCCAAAACCUGAAAGCCGAGGACGUGAGAAAGUACGCCGAGAAGUUGUUCCAAUUCAAGACCAUCAAAGUGAUGAGGUUCAAAUCGUGGUCGGAACGAAGGCAGUUUACCAAAAAGAAGAAACACGAGAAGCAGCUACAGAGACCGAAUUUACCGGCAGGGACCAAGUUGAUCAUGUUUCCGAUCCAAAACAGCGAAACGGGUGAUAAUACGGGAUCAAGUGCAAAGAAAGAGUGGAUUAUGAAUCCGAACGGGAAGUCGUACGUGUGUAUUUUGCACGAGUACGUACAACACGCGCUGAAGAAGCAGCCGACGUACAAGUUCACGGAGUUGGAGAACGCGGCGACGCCGUACGCCGCCACUGUCUCCAUCAACGACAUGCAGUACGGCGUGGGGUACGGCACGAGUAAAAAGCAGGCCAAGUCAGAGGCGGCUCGUGCCACUUUGGAAAUUUUAAUUCCGGAGAUGAAGUCGAAAAUCACGACGGAUGCGAAGACGGGGUCUAGUGCGAGUAGAGACCAAGACCAAGAUUUGUCGUUCUUUGACGAGAUUAGGAUUGAGGAUCCGAGGGUUGCGGAGUUUUGUGCGAAGACCACGGAGCCGUCGCCUCACGAUAUUCUGUUGACGUGUCUGCAGAGGAACUUCGGAUUGAAUGAUUUGCAGAUUAGUUAUCAGGGGAAUACAUUGAAGAACAAGAAGAAUCAGUUUACGAUGACGGUGGGGAAGCACACGGCCACGGUGGUUUGUCAGAAUAAACGGGAUGGGAAGCAGAGGGCGUCGCAGGCGAUUUUGCAAGCAUUACAUCCGCACAUCACCUCCUGGGGCUCCCUCCUCCGCCUCUACGGCAACGGAUCCGUGAAGAGCUUCAAAGAGAAAAAACUCGAAGAACAAGAAAUCACCCUCUUACAAAGCAAGGCUGCCAUAAACUCACCAAAUUUCGCAAUUUUAGACAAACUCAAGUUAGAACUUUCCAAAUUGAGCGAAAAACGGAAGCAAAUCAAACCGAUCGGUGUCUUUAUUCCCACCGAGUCUGACCAUCUGCCAAAAUUGUCCUCGUCCAAUUUAAAAAAUGUGGAUCUAUAAUAAAUUGUUACAGCUAUGCUUUGCUUCAUAUCAAGGUUUACAUUAAUUUACGAUUUUAAAAUCCUUGUUGCACUAAAUGGAUGGAAUAGGUACUUUAUGUUUUGUUUUCAAAAAUUAUACCUUCAGACGAGUUGUAUAAGUGAAUAAAAGUUACACAGA